GGCUAUGGUUUCUGUUUUCUGUCAGUUCGAUUCAGUGCUGUCAUGUGAAGCUUUGAUUGUUUGCUUUACUUAUUUCUAACGUUUUUAUUUUGGACUCUUGAAGAAAUUUUAAUUAUAGAUAUGUUAAAAUUAAUUUAAACGUUAUAUAUUAUCAUAGGUACAUGUGUGGCGUUCCUGCGUUAACCCCUCUUCUCUCUAUCAAAAGUUUUAAAUCUUAUUUUAUUUUCGCAUAAAUAAAUCACGCGAAUCGUAAUUAGAUCUCGAUGUUUGUUUGUGAAUAAAAUAAGUGUUUAUCAGUGCGCGUGUGAAAUACAAGAGCAGUCAAAUGUUAAUGGUUCCCGCGAUAAUUUCGAUGUUAGAAUCGGAUCGGGACGUACGCGCGAGGAGGGACUAUGUUGUUUAUCAGUGCCUUAGCGAUCGGAAUGGUGACCGGCUUGCAGAAUGCUACCACGGACGUUGCGGCGGUCAGUGACGUCACGGGGGCGCCGCGGCGCGAGAUGGUGCUGGACGUGCCCAAGCUGGCGCCGCCGAGUCAGCUGGACAACGUGACGGUGCAGGAUCGGCCGUCGAUGUGGGACAUGUAUUUAAACCCGUGCGGUAAAUGGCGGCCGAUAAACCACAUAUUUUUCCAAGUGGCCAAUGUAUUUUUUCUGCUGUCGUUCUUGGCGCCCCACACGCCGACAGGACUGAUAUGGUUGCGCGUGGCUCUGAUCCUCGGGUGCACGUUUUCUGGCAUCUGGGCGUGGAGUAUCGAGUGCUAUCUGGACGCUGUGUUGUGGAACAGUGCAUUCAUAGCGAUAAACUUUGUGUAUUUCUCGGUACACUUCUAUUUGAUGAGGCCAAUCAAGUUUCACAAAGACAUUGAAGAGGUAUACGUGGCCCUCUUCAAGCCGCUCCGCGUCUCGCGGCGGCAGUUCCGGCGGGUGCUCCGCUGCAUGCGCAACGUGCGGCAUCUCAAGUGCCACGAGCUAUACGCGCAUGAGAAGGUCACCAAGGUGGACAGUCUCUCCCUAGUACUGUCUGGCAAACUGGUGGUGUCGCAGAACCAGAGGGCGUUGCACAUCGUGUUCCCGCACCACUUCCUCGACUCGCCGGAGUGGUUUGGCGUCUCUACCGAUGAGUACUUCCAGGUGUCAAUAAUGGCGAUGGAAGAAUCCCGAGUGCUCGUGUGGCACCGAGACAAACUCAAGCUUUCAAUCAUGUCGGAUGCCUUCCUACAGGCGGUGUUCGACCACAUCCUCGGUAGAGACGUCGUGCACAAGCUCAUGCAGGUGAGCGAAACGAUGGCAGUGAGCAACGGGCACCUGCCGAACAGUUUCGAGGAGGGCGAGGACAAGCCGAUGCUGGUCGUGAAGAAGAGCGGCGACGGGCCCGGCAUCACCGCGCUGCUCAACCGGCAGCUGCAAGGCGAGCACGCGCCGCUGCUGCCCGCGCCGCACAGCUGCUGAGCAUCGAAUCCUCAACCGUCCCUCUCCCUCCCACUCAUUAUUUGCUUAUGGUUACUUAGCGUUCCUCUCUCUCGCACUAACCAUCUACUUUGCUUGACGAUAAACGCCACAGUACUACUGGGACCGUCGACACAG